AUGCGUGUGUAUUCUCAGCGUGGAUUUAGAUUUGUCCUCAAUGAUCGCCAAUACGAUCUCCUGUACGUGGAUGACCUGACCGAUGACGAGACCAUAGUAUGCCUGCUGAGGCGUUACCUUGAUCAAAAGUACUUUACGUAUUUCGGGAACGUGCUUUUCUACAUUCAGCCGCUAGACAGGGACCCGCUUCGGGAAUAUUCUAACUUCAUAUACUCCACAUCCUCAGAAUCGCACCUUUUCCCGUUUCUCAAGGAGCUGUUUAUUCGAACUAUUUCAACAGCCGAAGCGAUGCAAACGAACACAAAUUUCAAUGUCUUUUUCUACGGAGAUAAUAACUUCGGACAGCUUCGGGCAACUCAGACGUCGUUGGUGUUUCUGGUUCAGUUCGUUCACUCACUGGGACUGGAGGUAGGUUUUCGCCUAAAUAAAGACGUUCAGCCCACCGGUUUGUUUAACACGAAGGUGUCGAAUGCCUUUAAGAUACUCGAGAACAUGAGUGACUAUAACUCGAACAGUAGACUUUCAAACUACAUGGUCACGUACAAGAUGAACUUUGACGACAAAAACGAGCUCAAGUCAAUAACAAUGUCGCCGAACUUCUCUACGGACUUGUCAUGCUGUGUUGUUUCCUAUUCGUUCAGAGAGUUUCUGCUGAGGAACGUCACGCCCUUUUACCCGAAGUUGAACUUGCGUUUCCCAUCGCUCUUUUACGGGGUGCUUCAAUCAUUGGCCAGAGGACAUAAUAGUCAGUGGUUUUCUGACUGUAAGAUUACAAGGGACUGCGCCAUAAAGGCGCUGGAACUUCUUCCGACACACGAGGUCAGGGACUCUAACUAUCACGUUCUGAACUUCGCAAAGAUGAUGGAUCUGUUCCUAAUGAUAGGGUUCACAGUGGAUGAAGUGAAGUAUAUAAUUAACAUACUGAGCUCAAUAGUCAUGCUUGACCACAAACACACCGAAGAAGUGAGAAAGAGAAUAAUAUUCGCCGGAGUGGACCUGUUGGACCUGAUACUCGAUCUCCUGCAAAUCGACUUGCUCAAUAAAUCCGAUUCGGAGCUGAAGUACAACGAUAUCCUCUUUAAGUUUGAGAUUCUGUCAAACGCGCGCUCCAGGAAGUUUGACACACUGUCGUCUGCGAUAUAUCUGAGGCUUAAGCACCUGGUGUACCUGAAGCUUAACACGUACCUGAGUGUGGACUCGAAUGGGAUAACGAAAUCGCUGUGCCUGCACUGUAACUUUGGCUCUAACCCGUACGCCCAGUUUAUUAAGUUCUCGGACUACCACCUGCCGUGGCACCUCUCAGAGGAGUUCUUCAUGAACAAGAUGUUUAAGACGAUUAUGAAUGACUUGAAGGGGCCGCCGUAUUUGGAGUUCGUGGCCAGGAAUUUGGCAUUGGUGGAUUCAGCCACCUCGAGGGAGGGGCUGUUGUCAAGGAUCAUACUGGAGACAGUGAGAUCGAACAACGAAUCGACGAUGCCGGAUUUUGAUGGGACAGGUGUGUCGCACUCGUGGCAUGACAUGACAUAUAACAUUCCAAAUGUGUUAAAGAUUGAGUCUACGCUGUACUCGAUUUCUCCAAUGAUCAAGACGCUGUUAAAGUACUCGAAGAACCAGUUCCUCUCGAUGAUGCUGUUUUCAAACAGGUCGUUGCACCAGAGUUUGGGAAACUGCGCAUCGGCGCUGAGCUACUACUUUUAUUUGAAUGACACGGAUUAUGACACCUCGUACUACGUAGUGUGCUCCACUCCCGUAGACUUUAAGAAAUCGAACUAUCAAGACCGGUUUAACCUGAUGAAUUUUAAUGGGACUGCAAACAUACUGUACAACUCGUUCACAAGGAAGUUGCCGCUUCUGGAGAUAUGCAACGCACGAAGGACUCUGGACGUACACAUAGUGCCUGUAGUGGAGUAUAUGAGGCAGAAUGUUUCGCUGGUUUAUAUGCUGACGAGCAAGGAGCAUCACAGAUCAAUACCGCACCUGAAGGAGGAGCAGCUGGCACAGCUGCUGUUUUCACUACUUUCAGUGCCUGAGAGCAUGUAUCGCAUAAGUCACGGAGUGUUGACCAUGAAGAAAACGCUAUAUAUUAAGAUCUUGACACUGCUGGACGAUUACCUGAAGAGGCACACCGAGACGAUAGUGUUCAUCCAGAGGUGGUGGAAGGACCACAGGAUGCCAAUGGUGAGGAAACGUUUAGUCAAACUGGUCACGAGAGUGCAGUCGCUGGCGAGGAUGGAAAACGCAAGGAAGGAGGCAAGAUUGGCGAAACAGGGAAAAGACAACGCUUUGGCGUUCGUAGGGCUCGUUGCAACGCUGUUCCGCCUUAACAACUGCUUGAACACGACGAGCACGAAGACGAGACAGCUGUUGCAUCACAUGGAAAAGCAGUUCCACGAAAAGGAAUACGAGUACCUGCAGCAGUCAGCGGCAACGUACAUCCAGGCGAUGUGGCGAGGCGCGAUUGAACGAAAGAAGUACUCGCUGGUCAAGCAGAACAGAUUCGAGGAGUUCGCAAUCGUAUUCAUACAGUCGAGUGUGAGGAGAAUACUGGCCUCGUCGCAAAUACUGAACGUGAGGAACACGAAGACGAUCAGCGCAACCAUGAUACAGUCGUACUUCAGAGGGUACCUGGCGAGGAAGAACAUGGGGGACCAAAUCAACUUCAUCAAGCUCUACAAGGACUACGACUCGGUCUCACUGCAGAUGAAGAGGCUUAUCUCGGUGCAGACGAACCUGCCGCCGGGGUUCAUCAAGGUGCAGAACCUGGUGAGAAUGCACUUCGUGAGGAGGCAGUUCCUGCACCUGAAGAACUGCCUGGAAAAGGUGCAGGCGCUGGGAAUGACGAAGGACGCGAGGCUGUCGUACCUGGAGAAGGUGAGGGCCGCGCUGAAAAUACAGCGCUGGUGGCGCUGCAGGAACAAGGACUCGUUCCCGGCAAUCAGCACGAACCCGAUCUACUACAUCAACACGAAGGAGCAGGCGUCGCUGGCCGUGCUCGCGAAGGAGCUGAAGAACCUGGGAGUCCACGUCUUCCACUUCAGCGUCUACCAGGACAUCAGGCGAAUAUACCCGAACUCGUGGGCGCUGAUGCCGCUGUGCUUCGUGAAGAACAUAAAGCUGAUGCAAAGGUCCUCUGCGGACCUUAACUACACCCAGAUCCGGAAGAUCGAGUACGUGAAGUUCGCUGUGGGAUCGACACACAGCCUCAUGCUCAUUUCUACCAAAAAUGGAUCCUGCGUGUAUUCUUGGGGAUGGAACGACAAGGGGCAGCUGGGAAGGAGGAAUCUAUACCCUUUGCAGCCUUCGGACAAGGACUUCAUGCAGAUGGAGCCCCUGGAAUUCGAGGACGAGUACCGGGAUAAGUUGUACGAGGGCAUAUCGGACAGAAUAAACAUUGAGGAAAUAGCAUGUGGCAAUGACUUCUCAGUGGCCCUGAGUUCGAGAGGGCGAGUCUUCACCUGGGGAGACAACUCUCUUGGACAGUGCGGCCACGGGAGAAGGCUGAUGAGAGUCCACGAUCCGAGGCCCCUAGACUUUGUAGGGGUCGAUUUCAUCUGCUGCGCAUCGCUGCACACCGUCAUCUCAGUGUCCGGCGAGUAUUACGUCUUCGGAAACGCCUUCGAAAGGCUCAUUUUCAGGCCAGUCAAUGUGAAGACGUUGGUCCCGCACCUGAGGAACCAGACCAUCAAGAAGGUCAGGUGUGCAGGCUCAACCACCCUUCUGUAUACCGAGGAGCUGGACUACGUCCUGAACGUGUUCUCGCAGCUCCACAGCUUCCAGAGCAUGUACAACCUGAAGGGCAGCAUCAAGUCGUUCUGCACUAACGGAAAGAUGGUGUGCGCGGCCGUGGAGAUAUGGCGCGGCGAGGACCAGAACGCAGAGACCAAUGUCUACGUGCUCGGGCAGGUGAGGUGUGUGGUAUCGCAGGAGAAGAACACCUUCGCGAGCAAGAGCCUCUUCGUGGGCGCCUUCAAGGAAAAGUUCGAAAACCUGGGCAAGAAGAAGACGAAGCACUCUUGGCUCGACGUGCACUCCACUCACGGGAGCACCUGCUUCCUGGAGCAUCCGACCGAGGUGCUGCUGCCCAGGGAGCCGAUAGACGUCUUCUGCGACCAGCAGCAGCUGAUUUUCACGACGAACGCGGGUGUGUACGCCACCAGGGUUUUCCAGGUUCUGAGCGAGAGCUCCAGCGACUUCGAGAUUCUGGACAACUGCACGAUCGACAUAAAGCAGGGCGCCAACAUAAGGCUGGAGCCAUCGCUAUACCAGUUCACGAACAUCGCGAAGAAGAGGCCCACCAUAUACCUUUCGUCGAACAGCCUAUCUCACUCCAUAGGUUAUACGUUUUAG